AUGAAUAAUAUCCUCAAACGAUGGCGAUCAUCGGGCAAAGAUGUCGUCCUGCCUGUACGCGCAGAAGCCACAAACAGAGACGAACCGGAAGCACAAGACCAAAACGAGGAUCAGCAAGAAGUCUGCGCAGUCAUGAAAUACUAUCCUCUAGAAUCAGGAGAUAUCCGAGUACUGGAGAUUCUUCAGCCUGAUCAUGAAAAGGCUUGCCCGGUCAUCGAUGGGAGACCGCUUCAUCCUCCUCACAAGGGUGAUACUGGUGGGUCAUUAGCCGGAAACAAGAUAUCGCCAUCGUGUCGGAUCAGUCAUACUGCACUAUUAAAUUAUGCAGGCGAUGCUGGGAGUGAGACGAACGCAGCAGACCAACAAAACAACGUGGACAGAAGCCGGCACCCGUUCAUCGCUCUCAGCUACAAUUGGGGCGACGAGAGUGACGUCGACAGUAUAAUAAUGGACGGUUACGCUCAUGUUGUCCAGAGAAAUCUGAAAAAGGCUUUGCUUGCGUUGAGAGGUACAGACAUGGUACGAUCGUCGGGUUGCAGGAUAUGGGCCGACGCCUUGUGUAUCGAUCAAAGCAACCCUGCCGAGGUCAACAGAGAAAUCAGGAGGAUGAGACACAUCUACAAGGAAGCCGUCGCCGUCGUAGUCUGGCUCGGCGACGAAGCCGACAACAGCGAUCUGGCUCUCCGUUUCAUCAACACCGUCGACGACAAGUGGAAGUCCGGGCCCGAAGUCUUCAAGACAUGGUUGAGACAGGAGUUGGAAACGAACGGCACGCAGAUCUGGCCUGCGUUGUCUAAACUGAUGCUUCGAGAGUACUGGUCGAGAUUGUGGAUUAUCCAGGAACUUACCAUCGGCGGGCCGACCGCGGUGAUUCUGUGUGGGAAAGAAGCCACGACCUUUGCGAAGAUGUACCAAGUGUACGAUGCGUUCCACCUCUUUAAAGCCACCAGUAAACAUCCCGAGCUCGGGGCGUGCUUCGGCGAAGUCCUCAAGACCACCGAUCCAACUGUGUAUGAUGCCUAUCGUAACGUCUUGCAUUGGCAGUGGGAAAAGUGCGAAGAUUUCCAAACGUUGCAAGAUGGACAAAUACACUCGUCGCACAUUCACUUCAAAAGACACUUGCUCACCCGGUGUCGCAUAGCCAUGUGCCGCAAGCCAUCCGACAAGGUGUAUGGCAUCCUAGGUCUUUUGGACGAUGUCAUGUCUGCGCAGGUUGUCACAGACUAUAAGCUUCCAGUGCGGGAGGUCUACAUGUCCUUCGCAAGGACGUGGAUUCGUUCAGAAGGAGAUCUGGGCAUGCUCAUCCAGUGCGGCGAAACGGGUGAGCAGCAGAAAGGACCGGAGGUGGAUAUUGAAGGUCUUCCGUCAUGGGCUCCCAACCUGCUGAAAGAGAUCAAGCUCCAGCUGAACAACUUCGAUCCGGAAUUCAAUAGUCAUGGUGAAAUGCACGCAUCCGACGUGGAAUUCUUGGGCGACGACGGUUCAGUCUUGUCGACCGACGCAGUGCUCUUCGACACGCUUGACGGCUUGAGCGGGACGAGAUAUUGGGACGACGAUCUCAACGGUGUUCAAGAUAUCCGGAACUCUGCGUCAGCUGCGAAUGCAUACGGUUCGGGUGACGAAGGUCUGAGAACGGCGUUGUGGCUGGCGCUGAGUGGUGGUCGAGACAGGCAUGGUAAGGCCGCUAAAUCUUAUCAUGAAUGUGUUCUGGACACCGCUAUUCUGGAUGAUAGAUGCGCUCCGCCUGAUCCAUGUCCCGACACAGGGGACACCGACGAUUCGUUGCGCUGGAACUUACACAUAUGGCUGAAGCGCAAUCGAUCGUUCCAAGUCGGUGGUAAGCGCCUCGAAGACAUUUUCCAGGAUCUUGGAGUCAUGAAGAGCGAGCCACAACUUUACUACCAGUGCAUUGGGAGAGUGGUCAAUUGGAUGUGGUGUAGGAGGCUCGCGACGACAAGAAAUGGAUACCUUGCGGUAGUCCCCAGAGUGGCCAGACUCGAGGAUGUAGUUGCUAUCCUGCCUGGUUGCAGUUGUCCGUUGUUAUUGAGGCCGGUUCUAGAUGGAGAAGCAGGUAGUCACAAGUUCGAGAUCGUGGCAGAGUGUUACGUUCAAGGUAUGAUGAACGGCGAGGUGGUGAGCUUGUUGGACCAAGGACUCUGCCACAUGGAGAGGAUUUCCAUUGUCUGA